GGCGGAGGGAAUCCAGACUGGCCGGUUGGCAAACAUAUAAAUUCUUGGGCGGUCCCAUGUUACCAUUGGCGGGGAGUAUCGUGACUUCACCUGCUUGAUCGUCUCGACAUACACUCUUUUUUCACAAUGGCUCCUCUUUCGCUCUUUUUCUCGUCGCUCCUUUUCUCCGUUGCGCUCGGUGCGCCCGCCGCCUCCAGUAGCUCAAACCUGGGGAGAGACCUUUCUCUCGUUCAAACUUUCAAGCACAAGAUCACCGUCGACCCGUCAGGAGUCACCAAGAACUGGACCGGAAGCAAUGUCUGCAACUUCGACGGCUUCAGUUGCGCCAAGAACCCCAAUACCGGAAACAACGCCUUGUCAGGGAUCGAUCUGAAUGGGUUCGGACUUGAGGGCAAGGACCUUGUCCUCGAUGGUUUCCUCGACAAGCUGACCGACCUCACCUUCUUCCACGCCAACAGCAACGGCUUCACGGGAUCGCUUCCCAAGGAUCUUUCGGCUCUCAAGUGGUUGUGGGAAAUUGACGUCAGCAACAACAAGCUUUCCGGUCCUUUCCCGGCUGGCGUCUUCGACCUCGACUUGACCUUCCUCGAUCUGCGGUUCAACGAGUUCUCUGGUCCCAUCCCGAAGGAGGCUUUCAACCUCGACCUCGAUGUCCUUUUCUUGAACGACAACAAGUUCUCGGGUAGCAUUCCUAGCAACGUUGGCUCUUCCCCUGUCAUUUACUUGACGUUGGCCAACAACAAGCUCAACGGAUCCAUUCCCAAGAGUAUUGGAAACAUGAAGAACGUUCAGGAGAUUCUCCUCCUUGGCAAUGAUUUGUCCGGAUCGCUUCCUAGAGAUUACAACAUCAAGAACCUUACCGUCUUUGACGCUAGCGAUAAUAAGUUGUCCGGAUCAGUUCCCGAGGGACUGUGCAAGCUAGACACUCUGGGAGUCUUGAACCUCACCAGCAACAACUUCAGCGGAACUCUGGGACCGGCCUGCACUGCUCUGCUUAAGAACCAUGUCCUUGAUGUUACCAACAACUGCAUUCAGGGUGUUAAGGGCCAGAAGCCCGCCAGCCAGUGCAACCACUAA